CUGCUGCGUCAGAUCGGCGCGAGCGCCACGGAGGAGCUUCACCGCGCCGCGUUCCUCAUCCAGCGCGUGCUGGACUUCGAGGCUGCGGAGCGCGACGGCAGAUUUGUUGUUAGGCCUGGCGUCGACACGCAGCUGGAUGCCAAGAAGCAGCACUUCAAUGGCGUGGGCUCCAUCAUGCAGCCCGUGGCGCGUCUCGAGCUGGAGCGCCUCCCUCCACAGGUGGAGUCGUGCUGCAUAUUUUACGUGGGUCACGUGGGUUACCUGCUGGCAUUGCCUGAGCCAACGACGUUGCCCGAGGACCUGCCGCACCUCAAGUACAUGUUCAGCGUCUCCGACUUUAAGCUCUUCAAGAGCGACCUCACUGCACAGUUGGACCAGGAGCUGGGCGACCUGCAGAUCGAGAUCGCCAACCACGAAAGUCGCCUGAUGCUUCGUCUCGUGCAGACGUUGCUCUCGCACACCGCCGCCCUCGUCACGCUCCUCGACCUCGUCCUCAUGCUCGACGUUUUACUGGCGUUCAGCUGCGUGGCGCAAGAGCAGCGCUGGGUGCGUCCUGAGCUGCACGAUGCAGCGACGUUCGUCAUGACGCAGGCGCGUCACCCGCUCUACGAGCUCGGCUGCCGCGACGCAUUCGUGCCCAAUGACGCACGAUCCGGCGUGCCCCUGCCUCACCACGACAGCGGUGACGACGAAGUGCGCAACAUCUGCGUGGUGACCGGCCCGAAUGGCAGUGGAAAAACCGUCUAUCUCAAAACUGUGGGCGUGGUGGCGCUGCUGGCGCAGGUGGGGAGCUUCGUGCCCGCUGAGCGCGUCGUAAUGAAGCCCUUCCAUGCCCUGCAGGUGGUGCGCCCCUCCCUCCCUUCCGUCACCUCCGCCUUCUCCUCCUUCCUCCUCGAACUAAAUCAGUUGUCCCGUGCUCUACGAGAGGGUCGCAAGCACAGCCUCUUGCUGAUCGACGAGUUUGGCUCGACGACCUACGAGAGCGACGGGAUAGCCAUCCUGCUCGCUGCGCUCCAGGAGUUGAUGCCACGUCAGCUGGGUCAUGACGAAGCUCCACCUCAUGACGAUUCACUUCAUUCCCAUGAGUUUUCCUUUACUGGAGAUGCUGCCUCACCGAGUAUGUCUGGUAGAGACGUGCAACAAGAUGUCCAUCAGGCUACGCCGGAAACUUCUGCCAUGAUUGAUACUUCGUUUACUACUGUAAAUCAAAGGAAAUUAAUAAAUUCUGAGCACGCUAUUUCGGAUGAGCCAGAAAUUGGAGGUCAAAUGAACGCUGAUGAAACCGUCGUCGAGAAGAAUAAAUUGCUAAACAAGAACAACAGCAAGAAAAUUUCCUUGGUUUCUGCUCCCUGGGCUGCAAGUUCAGACAGCGACGUUGCUAUGCCGCCCGUUGAAUGCGAGCUUGUGGUCGACGAAGAAGGCGCAGUGCAGUACCAGGGCCAAGAUGGCCCCAUGAGCGCCGCGCUGCAUCACGACGCCGUGCACCAAAAUUCAUCUGGUAAUUACCCCAGGAUGACAGAGGGCACGCAAGACGAUGCUACUAAUUCCUCGGACACUGACGAACCUCAUCGCCUUAGGGACGAGUCUUUGUCAAAUUGUUCCCCUACGACUUCUAGUAGCGCCCACCGACCCGUCCACGCACCAGGAGCUGGGGAACAAGGAGGUCGUGACACAACCCCCAAAUACGCGGACUUCCCUCACGUGUUCGUAUCCACGCACCUGCUUAACCUGUACGACUACAUGCAGCACCAGGAGCACGUGUGUCCUGUUGUCCUGAAAACCGUGCUGUCGCCUGAAGGAGAACUCGUUCCUCUUCAUCAAGCGUGCGUGGGCAGGUGCGUGAGGAGCGAGGCUGCGCAGGUCGCCAGGCUGGCAGGACUGCCGCGGGAGCUCGUGCUGCGCGCUCGUCAGAUCGAAGAACAGUUACUGCGGGGUUGCGCUGAUCUGACGCAGUGGCACGAGCUGACGAGGAGCGACGAGGCUGACAUGUGUGGCACCCUCGUGGCACAGCUACUGCAGUGCCAGCUCUCCAGUGACGCCAUCUGCCGCCUGCUCACAAUCAUCGAACAUCAGGCGACUCUCAGAAAUUUUUGAUCGCGGAGUCUUCUUAGCUCCACGUGGCAUUCAAAAAUUUUUGAUCACAGAACCAUCGUAAUGAACUACUUGAUUCAUGUUCAAUGUUGCUCAUUGCCUAGCAAAUAUUUCUGAGUGUUGGAUAAAUGAUCAGUGCUCGGAUCGAAGCGGUGCGUAAAUUUUGGUUGGUUGGAUCAUUCUUGUACCGGACAGUAAUCCCGAUUGCUUCUCUCGGAUCUCGUAAUAGCUGAAUGAUGGUUUUUGCACUUAAUGACUCUGGUGUUGUUUUGUAAAGAUGAUGAAGUUCUUUACAAAUGAUAAGCACUGUUGUUCGUCAUUCUACUUAUGGCUUCUGAAUGUUUGUUGUAAUUUCUUACAACUCCUGAUUUGUUUUGUUCAUCUACUACUACUACUACUACUUGUUUUGUUCAGCUAGCGAGAAGCCUAGGAAAUAUAUUGCGUUUCAAUUUCAGUAUAGGUUAUUGGGAACUCACGAAAGUUUUGAUCACAGCUUCGCGGUUUCUAUAGAUACUGAAAGGAGAAACAUUUUUUAUGUAAUUUUAUUUACUUAACAGCCUUCGAAUAUUGUAACCUACCAAUUUAUUCGGGUUACUUGUUGCAACCAACGUCAUUUUUUUGUUUUACGAUCAAAAUAAUUUACGACUUUUAAGUUCUGUUGCUAUAAAUUUUUACCUUUUGAGCUUCUUAUUUGUUCUAACUUAAUAAGCGUGUUUAAGUAGUUUGAAAUUUCUUUGUUGGAUGUAUAUGGGCGAUGUUAUUAUUUAGAUUUCAGUUCAAUUAUACUAGCAGAAGAUUUUUUCCUCUAAUCAAGAUAAAGAUGGUAACAUUUUCAAUAUAUCAUUCACCGAUAAAGCAGUUAGUCGAGCUUUAGAAUUUAUUUUAUUGGUCUUGUUGGUUAUAAAGGAGUAUGAAUAACAAACGUAAGGAAAAAGUUAUUCACAUGCUAUAUAAUCGUGAGUUUCUUUGUAGGUCAUCACGUAAGAUGUUUAAAAGUCGUUGUAAAGUUCUAUUUGGAAAAGGUGUUUUGAAUAUUCACUUUGAGCCUUGACCUGACCAGAAGACUUUGCAUUUUUUUAUUUACCAAAUAUGUUUAGCCAGGUUCAAACUUACAUACUUUGGCUACUAUGCUCUUUGGCAAAUAUGUAGGAGUGUGAAAGCUGUACGGGAAGUUCAAACCAGACUUUGUUGAUGAAAGUUCGCAGAACCACCUUAGCAUCGCGUUAGGUCUCCAAUCUACAAAAGAAUAACUUCGCUUCUAUAGCAUUACAUUUUA